CUGAUUCUUAUCGGCAGUCCCGAAGAGCGCGUAACACUGGUAGCGCAAUGGGAAGGCGAAAGUCCAGACGACGCCAUAUUGCAGAAACUUCAGCGGAGACAGAAACGUGGAGAAAACCCGGUUCUGACAAUGGCCUUUUCUAGGAGGAAGUACGCAGACAAGAACUUCAUCCAGAUCGAAAUUCCUGGC